UGUUUUCUAUCUAUGUAGUCUACUGUGAAUAGGUCUACAGUAGUUAACAGUAUACUGUGGAUAUAGUCUGUUUACAGUAGUGUAUUCAGAUUUAUAUAUUCUAAAAGUUUGGCAUCAGUUAUCAUAUUAAUUGAAAGUGUUCACGGAGCUCCGAAAUAUUUGAGUAUAAUAUUGUGAUAUCAAACUCACAAGAACAAGACUAAAUAUAUUGUUAAAAUAAGACUGAAAGUGUGUUUUAUCGACUGAAAAAUCGCAAUACAUAAAGUAAAUAAAUAUUGGUAUACAAACUAAAAAUAGCCUAUUUGAAUUCGUACAGAUAUAUUCAAGACACUGUUUGUUGUGGAACAUUCACAUGCUCACUUUGUUUAGUUGGUAAAAUUUAAAAACUUUUUAUAGUGAGAAUCUGUUCAGGAUGUUAACUAGGUUGUGCGUCGACAAACACCGAAUUUGCAGCCAUUUUGUUGUUGACAAACUGUAAUCAUGACGACAGGCAUAGUGUUUUGCCAGUGAGGAAGCCAUUUUGUAGUUUGGACUCAAGUGUCAGCCAUCUUGUUUCAAUUAUGAGAACCUCAACAACAAAACCGACAUUGUGGUACCUCUAGUGACUCACUCCAGCAUCAAUAAUUUUAUUGUUUACAUCCUAGGAUCAUCAUCGUUGUAACCAUGGUAACAAGACUCUAGAGACCACUAAAACAUUAGCAUCAAUAUCUAGACCCCAGUGUCAGCCAUUUUGUUGUUUACAUCCUAGGAUCAUCAUCGUAACCAUGGCAACAGACUCUAGUGUCCACUAAAACACUUCGGCGUCAAAAUCUACAUCGUAGUUUCAACUAUAGUGCUGUUUACUUCCUAUACUAACAUCAUAACCAUGGCAACCAGCAUCUGGAUAAGACACCACCGCAGCGGCGGAACAGUGUCAACACCGGCCGACGACAAAGUAGUCUGCUCGGCCGAAGUGACGUCAUCGUCGCGCUCAAUCGGUCCCGAGGUGUCGUCGUCGGCAUCUCUAGCCAUGACGUCAUCGCCGGCCAACAGUCUGGGCGGUUCGUCGGCGUCCGACAUUGGCGACGUCGAUUUGGAGUUUUUCGACCUGGAUUUGGUGGGGGGAGGAGGAGGAGGAGUAGGAGGGCUAGGAGGAGGUGGAGGAGUGGUGAUGGGUCAUCAUCUGCAUCAGGCCGGCCUGGCAAUGCUGCAGCAGCGGAUGAUGAUGAGUCAACAUGGAUUUCAUCAGCAGAGUCAGCAUCAGGGUGGGCUGCAUCAUGGUGGGACGACAACACUGGUGCGAGCGGCAGUUGCACAUGUUUCGAGCAAUGUGUCGGAUAGCGGAUCUGUGUCAGGACGCGAAGACCUGUCACCCCCUAGUUCGCUGAACGGGUACGGUGGAGGUGGUGGCCCCGGUGGGGGCUCCAUGGACCCCUCGGAGCUGGCCAAGAAGAAGAAGGGGCCCGUCCCCAGGCAACAGGAGGAGCUAUGUCUGGUGUGUGGCGACAGAGCGUCCGGGUACCACUACAACGCGCUCACUUGUGAAGGGUGCAAAGGUUUCUUCAGGAGAAGCAUAACAAAGAACGCAGUCUACCAGUGCAAAUACGGCAACAACUGCGAGAUCGACAUGUAUAUGCGGAGAAAGUGCCAGGAAUGCCGGCUUAAAAAGUGUCUCAGCGUCGGAAUGAGGCCUGAGUGUGUUGUACCAGAGUAUCAGUGUGCUGUGAAACGAAAGGAAAAGCGAGACAUGAAGGACAAAACUCGGCCCAACUCUACGACGAGUCGAUCGCCGGAAGCGCUCAAAAUUGAACCCGAAUCUCAGAGGAUGUGCGACUUCAGCGUGGAAUUGGAGUCGGGCAACACACUGGGGGCAUCGAGUAACACAGGGGGCCUAGGGGCUGGCCCCCCUUCGGUUGGUGGGUCUCUCUCGCCCCCCCUGACAGCCGGGGGUGUCAAACCGGUCAGUUCGGAGCAGGAGGAGCUCAUUCAUCGGCUGGUCUACUUCCAGAACGAAUUCGAGCACCCUAGCGAGGAGGACCUGAAGAGGAUUGGCUGUUUGAAUCUACCCAGUCAGGUGGCCCAAGACCAGCAGGCGGAGAGCGACAUGAGAUUCCGUCACAUAACAGAAAUCACCAUUUUGACAGUGCAGCUGAUUGUCGAAUUCGCCAAACGACUGCCCGGCUUCGACAAACUACUCAGAGAGGACCAGAUUGUACUGCUCAAGGCAUGUUCCAGCGAAGUGAUGAUGCUUCGCACGGCCAGAAAGUACGACGUGAACACAGACUCUAUCCUGUUCGCCAACAACCAGCCCUACACGAGGGACUCCUACACGCUGGCGGGCAUGGGCUAUGUGGUGGAAGACCUGCUGCAGUUCUGUCGACACAUGUACCGCAUGAAGGUGGACAAUGCCGAGUAUGCACUGCUCACAGCUAUUGUCAUAUUCAGUGAUCGGCCCUCCCUGCUUGAAGCCUGGAAGGUAGAGAAGAUCCAAGAGAUCUACCUAGAAGCACUCAAGUCCUACGUCGACAACCGAAUUCGGCCGAAAUCAUCACCAAUCUUUGCCAAAUUGCUGUCGGUGCUCACAGAGCUCCGCACCCUGGGCAACCAGAACUCACAGAUGUGUUUCUCGCUCAAGCUGAAGAACAAGAAGCUGCCCGACUUCCUCAUGGAGAUCUGGGACGUUGACAUGGAGAAGGAGAAGGAGAACGAGAAGAAGAAGGCUGCAGCUGAGAAUAACAACUCUAUGUCAUCAUCGACUUCAUAAAAAUGGCGCCCGAUGUGGGUGUGUAAAGACUUGUUAACUUUGUAAAAAUGACACCCUGCAUGGGUGUUGAAAGACUUGAUAACUUUGUAAAAAUGGAGCCCGAUGUGGGACUUUAAAAGUUGGGGGUCUUUGUUAAGAAGACACCAAACAUAUGUAAAAAUGGCGCCCAAUGUGGGACUUUGAAGGUUUAUUGACUCUGUUAACAAGGCACCAAACAUAGGUCAUCCUAGACUAGUUAACUUUGUAAAAAUUGUGACAUUUGAUGUUUUAGGAGGUAUCAAUGUAACAGGUGUUUUAGGAAACUAAAUGUUGAAGAAAGCCA